AUGACAAAGCGUGUUCGUCUUGAGUUGCUGCCCAAAACCCCCGGGGGUCGGCACAUCAAGCGGGAUGAAAUCUUCGCUGAUGAGGUAGAAAUCGAUGACGAAAUAACCGUGAAAUCUUCCAUGUUUCGUGAAUGCGUCCCGGGAAAUCCAUGGUUUGAGGGGGAAGAUGAGUCAGAAGAAAAUACUGAGCCACCCAAGUAUGUCGUAAGGAAAUCCGUUGACCUGCGCCGAAUUCGCUCACUCAAGGACCGUGUAGAAGCAAUUCGUUCGAGUCCCAUGGUGGAUGCUCGGCCGCGCUGUAGUCAGUCGUUUAUCGAAGGCGUUAGAAAUGACGAAGAAGCUUUAUCGACUCCUUUACGGCUUCCAAAUCCUAAAGACUUGUUGCACACAACCUGUCGUAGACUCUCGCGCAUAAUUCUUGAUAGACAUAAUUUACUCAUGUCCCCGGGGGUCAAGUCCCCCUCAACAAACCAGACACCCAAAACUGAUCAACUCCUCGGGGAUGUUCAGUCUGGCUCAAUCCAAGUCCCCGGUUCGGCCUUGUCACCGACAAAUCCAUCGACUCCGUUUUCGUAA